AUGACAGAUCAAACAGAUGGAAACAAAGACUUUACUAAGUCGCAGAUUCAGAAAUAUAGGAUGCUCUUCAAUCUGAUAGAUCAGGACGGAGACGAAAAGAUAUCUGUCAAGGACUUGAAGGUUGCUGCGAGCGAUGUUAACCUGAAGCUGGAUGACUCAGUGAUCAAGGACAUGUUGAAGAGCGCCGGUGGGAAGAGUGUAGAUUUUAACAGCUUUCUAAAGAUUGCUGGAGCACAAUUUGGUGGGUUCAGUGAGGAAAGUGAGCUGAGGGAUGCGCUUACUACCUUUGACGGCAAGGACGGCAUCGACAGCGCUGUCUUGAAGAGCAGUCUGGGAGAGCUGGCGGAGAGCGACGCCGACAAGAAGGCGGUUGCCGGUGUGGUGGACGAAUUCACAAAGGAAAACAAGAUUACGGGCUACAAGAAAUUUGACUCCGAGAAGUUCAUCGAAAGUGUAAAGCAGUGA